AUGGAGUUGUUUCUGAAGGAACAGAAGCUAAAAAGUGUGCAAGCGUUGCUAAUAUACGAUUGCACCCUUCUCUGUUACCGACUGCUGUUUCCAGGAGAAUGGUAUGAGUGGUCUGAGUGGUCCAUAUGUUCAUGCACAUGUGGAGACGGAAUAAAACAACGACGGCGAGAAUGUGCUGGUAACAACUGCAAGGGACCAGAAUAUGAAACUGCCCCGUGCAACGAAAGACCAUGCCAAACAUGGUCGGAAUGGUGUGAAUGGUCUACGUGCUCUGGAAGCUGUGGACGUGGAGAACGAACGCGUACAAGAUUCUGUCACUUAGGAACACAGAGAUGCGAAGGCAAAGAUUAUGAG